CUGAGACGGCGUGUUUGCAGAAUUCUGGUGAGGGGUUAAGAUGGGAGAUCCGACAGUAGAAACAAACCUGGUCUGAAAUUGGACAUAUAGCCGACCUCUAUGCAGUGUCAGGACCUUCUGGUGCAGGGCCUGAGUUUGGGGAUGAUCCUGGGUGGGGUUAUGCACUUUGUUUGCCUCAUGAAGUCUCAUGCUGCCUAUGGCCGCUAUGCGGACACCUCUACCAGCUCUGUGAUGGUGCCAGUGAGGCUCGCCUGGUUCCUCCAGGAGUUGCCUGCUCUGCUGUUGCCCCUGCUUUUGCUGCUGACCACAGAUGGGAACCACAGCAUCAGGAAGCACUUGAUGCUCUUGACAUUUUGCCUGCACUACUUUCAAAGGAGCUGCAUCUACUCUCUGUUGACCAAAGGACGGCCAUUUGCAUUCAACAUUAUGCUGUCUGGGAUGGUGUUUUGCUCUAUUAAUGGCUUCCUGCAGGCACACUAUCUGCUGCACUGUGCUACAUAUCAAAACACUUGGAUUUCUGAUGGUCGCUUAUUAGCUGGAAUGGGGAUCAAUAUUCACAGUGACCACAUUCUUCAGAACUUAAGAAAACCUGUAGAAAUUUCCUACAAAAUCCCAAGAGGUGGCUUAUUUGAGUAUGUGUCUGCAGCAAAGUUCUUUGGAGAAAUUGUAGAGCGGCUGGGCUAUGCUCUUGCUACCUGGUCUUUACCCACAUGUUCUUUUGCUUUUUUCACCAUUUGCUUCAUAGGCCGUAGAGCUUAUCAUCAUCACAGGUUCUAUAAUGAGAAGUUCAAAGAUUUCCCCAGAUCAAGAAGAUCUCUCAUACCAUUCAUCUUCUGAAGAGCCAUGGCAUAUAAAUGGCAUUUAACUUCAUGUUUUGACAGAUUUCAACUAAGGAAAUAAUUAACCUCCUCAAUUCCUGCCCUGUACACCUGCACUUUUGGUUUGUUUUCAUUGUCUGAUUUUCGUACAGUAGAAAAGAUACGGCUAUUUACAGUAUGACUUGAAACUGUUACCAGAUCGUUUGUAAAAGUUUUUGACCUUCCCAUGUGCCCAAGACCUAAAGGGUUAGUUUACUCAAAAAUGUAUAUUCUUCAAAACCUGUAUGACUUUCUCUUCCGUGAAACACAAAAGGAAAUGUUAUGCAGAAUUAUCAGUCUCAGUCACCAUUCAAUGCAAUGUGUUCCAUGGAAAGUUAGUCAUACAGGGUUGGAAUGACAUAAGGGUGAGUAAAUGAUGACAAUUUGUUUUUUCUGGUGGACUAUACUUUUAAACAAACAAAAGGCUACUUUAUUGCACUCUGAAUUUUUAUUUUAAUGGUCCACAGCAAAACUGUACAAUACUUCAUCAGUAUGUUAGCGCAAUUGGUAGUACAUAUUUGUUAAAGGGAAGAGAGAGUGUAAUGAAAAGAAUGGUGAAAUAAAUGUUUUUUUGUCAAAUGUUGUCAAUCAUCCAUCUUCAAAAAUACUAAUUUCACAACGAUCAGUGGAUUUGGAUAGCUUGUCAAAUGCAAAUUCUCACCUAAUAUAAUUUGCAGGAGUCCAUCUGAAUAACAAUACUGGGCUUUAAUGAGAUAAUCAUUGUCAUAAAUGAAUUAGAAGAUGGGUAGGAAGAGUAUGAUAUCACUAUCAUCUGAUCCUGAAAUGUCUACCUGGCCCAUGUUGAGAUUAUGAUACGGAGGUUCUUAUUGUUUAGAUAGAUAGAUAAUAAUGUGCAUUAUUCAUCAGUGCAUGCUAUUGCAAAGAAAAAAAAUGUUUGCCUUUGCAAUUUUUCAUACAAAUUUAAUAACUUGCUCUAUUCCUACCCUAUGAAUAAAAUAAAU